UUUUCGCUUGCUCACGCUUACACUUAUCGCAGCGACUCCAAACUCUCAACACAAAAACUCUCGAAAAUGGCGGAACGUGGCGGAGAACGUGGCGCCGUCGGAGAACGUGGUGGUUUCGGACGUGGAUUCGGAGGAGGUCGUGGCGACCGUGGUGGUCGCGGUGGUCCAAGAGGAAGGGGAGGCAGACGCGGAGGACGUCCCGCGGAGGAGGAGAAGUGGACGCCAGUGACCAAGCUCGGCCGUCUCGUGAAAGACGGAAAGAUCCAGAAGCUCGAGCAGAUCUACCUCCACUCUCUCCCCGUCAAGGAGUACCAGAUCAUCGACCUCCUCGUCGGUCCCACCUUGAAAGACGAGGUGAUGAAGAUCAUGCCGGUUCAGAAACAGACCAGAGCCGGUCAGAGGACGAGGUUCAAGGCCUUUGUCGUUGUCGGAGACACGAACGGGCAUGUCGGUUUGGGAGUGAAAUGCUCCAAGGAGGUUGCCACGGCGAUCAGAGGAGGGAUCAUACUGGCGAAGCUGUCUGUGAUUCCGGUGAGGAGAGGUUACUGGGGGAACAAGAUUGGGAAGCCGCAUACGGUUCCUUGUAAGGUUACGGGGAAGUGUGGUUCAGUUACGGUGAGGAUGGUGCCUGCUCCCAGAGGUGCGGGGAUUGUGGCGGCUAGGGUUCCUAAGAAGGUUCUUCAGUUCGCUGGGAUUGAUGACGUGUUCACUUCCUCCAGGGGGUCCACUAAAACCCUUGGAAACUUCGUAAAGGCUACAUUUGAUUGCCUUCAGAAGACAUAUGGAUUCCUGACACCAGAGUUCUGGAAAGAGACGAGCUUUAAAAAAUCACCGUACCAGGAGUACACUGAUUUGCUGGCCUCAAAGGGAACUACGACCAAAGUCAUCACCGAGGUCGAAGACCAAGCCGCCGCCUAAAUCAUCACCAAUAUUUUGAAUUUUCCUUGAUUUUGAUUUUGGUCGAACUCUGUUGGAUUGCAUCUUUAUGUUUUACUCUCUUCCCAAACCAUUACUUUUCAGUUUUAUAGAUGGAUAAUAUUCUAUCUUUUUGUUUCA